AUGGACUCAAAUGCCAUUUGGACUCAUGCGCCACGGAUAUACCAGUCAGUUAUUAAUAACUGUCUGUGGGGAUUUGUGAGACUGCCGCCGGAAGAAGAAGCAGAAGUCGAUCAAGAUGUCUUGGAUUUCCUAGAGUCGAGAAUCCGGAAAGAGCUGUCCAAACGACAAGCUGAAGGGACUUACAGACUCAAUGACAGUUUCCAAAGGAAUAUCCCCAUGCCCUCACACAUCGGUCCAGUACUAGGUCGCAGUUCCUAUAUCGAUGAUAUCACCCAUGGCGCGAAAACAUGGAAUCAACUGUGUGAGAACCUGGACACUUUGCUCUAUCGCUUACGUUACUGGAAUAUCUCGGUGAUUGGAAAACGAUCGAUCCCCUAUCUGUCAGAUGAAAUUAGUGCAGAAGGUAUCCGAGCGACCCCAAAAAUUGCGAAGGGUGUUAGGGAUCUACCGUUCCCCCAAAUCCCACAAAGUCUGAACUACUAUCAUAAGUUCAUUGAAGAUUUUCCGUGGCAGCAGUUCUUUAUGAACUUUCAGAAGACCAGAUACGUCAGGGACGAGACCUCUCACGAGCUCAUGAAUCAUUCGAACUGCUUAAAAGAACAAUUGUUGCAACGCCAAUGUUGA